GUUCUAAUCGAGUCGUCACCGCGAGAAGAUGUAGUCGCAGAACAAGUCUCGGUCUCUAAUUUAGGCUUCGGCCUAAUUAGAUGAAAAAAUCUCCUUGUUAUUUUUAUUUUGUAUGAAUUAAAAGCAUGUUGUUUAAAAAAUAGUACCGUAGUUGAAAUGUAAGCGUGAGUGAUUGUGAGUGCCGAUUUAUUUGUUAAAUUUUCAAUUCAAUGAUCAAUACAUCGUCAUUGAAAUAUUGCAGAUUGAAAACAACGUUAACAGGAGCUGCGUUCGAGGCCAGUCACACGUUUUUACUUCAAAGAACUGAUUUCCUUUACAUGAUGGGAAGAAAGCGAGCUUGAACUUCUAAUAUUACGUAACAUGCUGAGAAGGGCAAAUUCGCUCAGCAGAAUUCAAUAGACCUCAGUUCAAAUGCUAUAGCUUGAUUCAAAAAUUUCAUCAGGACAUAGGAAUGGGCGCCGCUCUAGUGAUAGGACUUAUGCUACAAAGUGUAUCAUCACUCACAUGUCCACAAGAAUGUAUCUGCCUUUCUCAAUCACAGGUCCUUUGCAACACUGGAGGUCUUACCGAGAUUCCUCUGAAGCACCUUCCACCGACAGUGGAGCAUCUUUCAUUGACCAAAAACACAUUUCCAAUAAUCAAAAGCGACGCAUUUGCCGGACUGCGCAGUCUCAAGAAGCUGUCACUUGAUGGCAACAACAUCACAACCAUCAAACCAUUUGCCUUCAGGGGACUUCCUAAACUCCGAGAACUAUCCAUUCAACACACACCACUGGCCACUGUCGCACAAUUCGCAUUUGCUGGACUCCAGAACAUUACCGCUAUACUUUUAGGGCACAACAAGAUCCAGAAGGUUGAGGGAUUCGCGUUUGCUGGGACGUCGAAUGUCAGGUUGAUAUUGUUAAGUAGUAACCCCAUUCAGAAGAUAGAAAGCUCUGCAUUUUCUGGACUGACAAACAUCGAGCAUCUGAUUCUACCUUCGGGGAUCAAAGUUUUGGAACCAGACGCUUUCACGAAUCUGGAUGCAGUGGGACUGAUCAAGUUGCCCUUCAUGGAUUUGGGUAGCUUGCAGAAACACACGUUCCGCGGGCUCACACACGUGCACGUUUUGUCCAUACAGGAGUCCGAUUUAGGAGUGAUACAAUCGGGUGCCUUUGAAGGCAUGACCCACAUUGGCAGCCUGAAUCUGCUCAACAACAAAAUCGACGCCAUUCAGGAGCUGCACAUCCACAACUCCAACAAAGUGAAGAUCAUGAGGUUGCAUGGCAACCAUCUGCUAGAGACCCCGGCUGCAGGGGCUGUGGUGAUCCAAGGCGUCGAGAGCCUCAGUGUGGUAUCCAACCAUUUCCCCUGUGACUGCCAUGUGCAUUCCCUCCUGGAAGGUCCCCUAGCAAACGCUUCCCAUACAGAGUUUGCCAACAAGAACUUCUGCAUCUCUCCGAUGGAGGUGAAUGGCAAAGCAAUCGCAGAACUCGAUUUGGAGUCUAUUGGAAGAUGCCAGGAAGAGGUGACCAGAGGAAACCUGGAAGCGUCACUUUCUAGCUCCAGUUGUAUCGUGUGUCAUGUUACACUUCUUGUCUACACGUUUAUUUUCACAUUUCAAUCAGGCAGCAGAUGAGUUAUUGCAGUGUAAUCCUACUUUAUCGAUUAUCGACUCCACAUGGGGACAACAAGACUCUAAUAACUAAAUAUUUUUCAAGGAACAGAUUAAGUUUUUGUAAAGUGGAAUUCUACUUUAAUUCUUUCAUGUAAUUUGAGCAAAACUCGGUAAAUGAGUUAACUUGAUGAAACUGACUUGAUUUUUUAUUUAGUGAAACUAUAAUCUCCAUUAUCAUCAAUAUGAUAAUUUAUUCAAGACUCUCAUGAAAAGACUAAGUUGAUGAAACCAAUAUGAUUAUUGUUCAUUCUCAAUUCUAAAUUCAUUGUGUUGUUGAGUCUAUGUACAGUAAAAUUUCAAUUUUCAAUGUAAAAAAUAAUCAAGACUUGAAUGAAUGGAUACUUUGUGGAAUAUGAAAGACUAUUAUGAGUACUAGGAUGAGAACUAUAGUGAGGUCCAUGUUAUAAUGGCAGUGUUUGUUUAGCAAUGGUAUUGCUAUCCUUGUCUAUCAUUCAACAAAGCGAAUAGCGCUAUCUCUGUCUCGCUUUGCUCUGUUGCCAGAUCGUCUUUUAACAAUGUAGAAUUAAUAAUAAAUUAACAAAAUAUUUAAUAUUAAUUAUGAAAAUUCAUUAUGAAAUUAUUUAAAAAUAUAAUUCAUUGCUUGAAAAAAUAUAAUUUAUUAUUUUAAACGAGAAUGAACAAUUAAUAUUACAUCAAUAAACCUGUAUCAGUUGCCGUUGAAAAGGCAUUGACAAGACAGCGAGGAUCGUCAACGUUGUUCUCCUAUCUUUCUCAACUGCCAUUAUAACGUGGACCUCACUAUAAGAGGAUUCAUUAUUCGGAUUUUGGAGUGCUAUUUUUCAAUCCAGCACGACUUUGUUACCUAGCGACAUCUAUGUGUACCUAAUAUAAAUUAUUCUACUACUAAAUCAUGUUGCUAGACAAUUAAGUCAUGCUUAGCCAAGAUUAGAUAAGAGUUGAGGAUUUGAUCACAGAUAACUUUCACGUCUCAAAAGUUUGAUGAAGUUAUGAUGUAUGAAUAGCUGAUGUGUAAUUUCAACAAUGUAUUUAUAAUUGAGAUCACUUUGUAUAUUAUAUUAGUUUCAAAAAUAAGGAUAGGAAAGUGUGUUUGAGUGCUCAAUUACUAGAAGUGCUCAUGCUUGUAUACAAACAAGAUACUUUCGAUCCUUUCAUGACUUAUACAUUGCUUCGAAUAUAUAAAAAUAAUGGAUCAAGAUUGUGUUAUGAUUUGAAUUCAAUUGUAGACUAGGAAAAGAAAACUUUUCUUGCAAACAUCUCUAUUCUUCAAUCAUUGCAGAGAAAAUUUAGAACAAAUGAAUUCCUAUCAUAAACAAUUGAAGAAUCUUCUUUCAAGCCAAGUUUCAAAUAAAUCCUAUCGAUUCGUGGGUGAGAUUCAAGCUGAAAAUAAAUUCAGCAAGUGAUUACUGAGAAAUUUUCAAAUUUAACUUUUUGGAACGUAAGGAAUAAAAUGCAUUGAAGAUCCAAUUUAUUUCAAUCUGUAUGUUAAAAAAAUUCUCAAAGUGAGAGCAAUUUCCUUGAAUUGAGAUCUCAUCAGCUAUAAUUCAUAAAAAUAAUCUACACUUUAUAAAAUUCUUCAAUUUAGGCAUUGCCUCAACUAUUUUGGUUAUCCUAGCCCUGGGCAUAAGAUAUUAUUGUAUCUUAUUUGGAAUCUGAAAGCUCUCUCCAAUAAUACGUAUUCUGCGCCCUUCAACUUCAUUUUAGGUAAGACAUAAGAAGAAACUAUGCAACAUCAAACAUAACUGAACACUUUAUUUAACCAUCUCCUCUUUUCUAUUUUUCUACAACCUGAACUAUAUUAUGAUAUUUAUCCUAUGUAAUAGGACUUUGAUAGAGUAAUUCAUGAUAAAUUCAACCAUGUAUAUUGAAUAGUGUGUUACCAAAAUUGAAGCAAAUGUAAAUAAUAGCUUAUAAAUUGAAUUUAUGUAUACUAUAUGAAAUAAAACAUUAUAAUGAAAAAUGGAAAACGCCUAUAUGUAAAUAGCAUUAUAUAGAUAUUAUCUUACUAUUACGACAAUUAUAAAUUAAUAAUUGUGUUGAUGGUUUCUGAGUUCUAAGAACAUUCUUGUUAAAACUGCGAUGCUUUUGUUCACAAUUGAAUGAAUUGAUUAUGAUAAUUUAACAAAAGAUCGAAGAAUUUCCUAUUUCAAUAAGUUAUCGAUCACUAUAUGAUCACAGUUAUGAUUUUUCAUCAUUCAAGCAGAAUAUUCAUCACAUAUUCUACUUCACGAGAAAAAUUAUCGAGUUUUUACAUUUCCUCUGAAAAUAUUUCAAGGAGUUGAUUCAAAAUUUAUUAAACAAUUCGAGAGUUCCAAUUUUAACUUUUCAAUGUUGAUGAACGAUGCUUCUCACAGGAAUACUUGAUUUGAAACUGAUCGAACUUGGUUGUAUUAUAUGAUCUUUUCAGUUUAUGUUAUUCUGUUGAAAAUUUUCUAUUCGAUGCAACAAAUAUAUUACAAACGUUUUAUGCAACAGAUAUUUGAUAACUGUUAUGUGAAAAUAAAGAUGAUGUAUUUGUUGAUUU